AUGACGACUGCACUAGGAAUAAUUUUAGAUGUAGGCUUUCAUAUGACACCAAUCAUAGAUGAGGCUGUCAAAUGUGUAAGAUUACUGUUAGAAAAAAAGUUUUUUGCGGAGUCUAAAGAUCAAGUUGCAUUUAUUCUUUGUGGUUCCGACGCUACAGACAAUGCUCUAGCGGACGAUGAGGGAAACUUCCAAAACAUCUCGGUGAUUUUCAGUCUGAACCCUAUAAGCUGGAGUUUGCUGGAGCUUUUGACACCAAAUUUAUUAUCAUCGUCAACAGCAGAUGUUGUUGACGCUAUAAUGGUGGCUGCUGAUCACUUACAUAAUCACUGCAAGAAUAAAAAGGGUUUGAAAGAGAAACACAUACUUCUUGUCAGUAAUCUCUGCGGCCCAGUUGAUGAAUGUGAUAUAUCCAAACUCACUGAAACUCUGCAGCCUACAGGCAUCAAAUUCAGUCUGAUCGGUUGUGAUCUGAAGAAUGCCAAUAAUAUUACACCACACGAUACCCUAAAUGAACCUGGACCAUCUCAUAGACCUUCUCACCAAAUUGAUCAUCCUCGAAAGUCAAUCCCAUGUCUUCCGUUCUUCUCUGACCUGUGGUGUAGACUUGAUGGUGAUUCGUAUGAACUUAUUGAUGCAGUCUCUGCUUUAGGUAUAUUUGAAACUCGUAGCGUUUGUCAGCGUGGUUGGAAAGUGGAAUUUCAAAUUAGUGAUUCAGUUGUGAUCCCUGUUGUUGGCUAUACGCAAAUCAAAGAAGCUCAUCCACCCACCAUGAAAAUUUUGUAUGCUCCAGAUCCAUCUAUUCCACUCCACACGGCUACAAAGUACUACAAACAGAAUGAAAGUUCAUCCGAAGUGGACUCUUCUAUGGUAACCCGAGGUUAUCGAUAUGGUGGAACACUUGUUCCUUUUGGCGAGGAAGAUAUGGCCGCUUUAAAACCACCUUCGGAAAAAAAUUUGAGUGUUAUUGGAUUUACGGAUGCCAAAAAUGUCCCUCAUUAUUUAUACACUGGUGAAAGUGUCAUGGUUUUUGUGGCUGAAGCGGUUCAACAGGUUGAAGACAGUGAAGUCAGUCCUCCGUCAAGUUCAACAGCGUUGGCUGCAUUGGCUCAAGCACUUUAUGAAGUUGGUGGUGUGGCUCUUAUUCGAAGAGUAUAUAGUCGAACAAGUGCACCUAGACUAGGAGUUUUAACACCUGUAGUUCAGGAUAACAGAGUGUCACUGGUAUACACUGAUUUAGCGUUUAAUGAAGAUAUUCGUAACUUGGAACUUCCGAGUUUACCAGUUUCUUGUGAAUCUUCCAGUUCCACUUCAAAAGAUUUUACGAAAUCACAAGAAAGUAGAAAGUCACAAAGAGAUUGUCCAUCUGAAGAGCAGUUGUCUGCUAUGGAUUCUUUUAUUAACUCUAUGAUGUUAAACUACGCAGAUGACAGUGAAGAUGAUGAGACAGAUGAUAAGGAGAAGGAAGAUUUUAACAAUAGUUCGUCGAAUAUAAGCUUCGCACCACAGCGUAUACCGAAUCCUUGGAUCCAGCGGUUUUUCACUUGCCUUAGGCAACGUGGUCUUAAUCCAACAAUGCCACUACCAACUUCUACAAACCAUUCACAACAUUGGUUGUCACCUGAAAUGUUUCCUGGUCUGGAAGAAAUCAUAACAAGAAUCAGUUCAGACUCUGGAGACCCAUUUGUGAGUGAAUCCCGCAGUAUGCUUCUCACAUCAUUUCCAUCUCUUCGCUCUGCCAGUGAAUCAGUUGAUUUGACUGAAGAAUACUUGGCUAAACGGAGGCGUCUCAUGGAGGAAGAACUUUAUGGCACGUCUCCUUCUACAAAGGAUGCAGACAACGAACAGCCGUCACCGAAUUCAGAAUUAACCAAUGGCACUUCACAAAAUACUACCACUUCAAGUUCCAUUCAAAUAAAUUCAGUUCAAGAUUUUGAAGUCCUUCUCUCUAAGGGACAGACGGAACUCGCUUGUAGACUCAUGGAAGAGCAUAUCAUUCAACUGGUCACUGAUCCUUUCACUGCGAAUAUGUUACGUCCUAAAGCUAUAGCCUGUCUAUAUGCUUAUCGAAAACACGCUCAACGGAAUAAGAAAAUUAUAAGUAACAAUAAUGAGAAAGACAAUUCCGUUGAUAUCAUUUCUAGUGAAACAGAUGAUAACUGCACGAACCAUCUAGAAAUUGCUCGAGCAUACAAUAAUUUCAUUCGUGAAUGGCGUCAAGAUCUCAUUAAUCGUAAUCUUCUCGGAAGCGAUCUUUCAUCUUCUUCUGCUCCAGUCGAUAACAAGUUAUCAUUUUGGUUGGAGACGAUCACUCAAGGUUUCGGCUUAUUGUGUGAAGAAGAAGUACCAGGAAUCGAUGUCAGCCAGUCAGAAAAUAUGGCAUUUUUGAACCUGGAUGACGUGGUAUCAUAUCCUCAAGCUGCUGAAAUAAAAAGCGCUGCAUCCCUGUCUCCUAAUCAUGUUUUAAGAGUGGAUCAUUUGCUUAAUGAUGACUUCGAGUGA